AUGCAUUAUAGUUUUGUUCUUGUGGCUGCCCUUGUUGGGCAUGCCGCUGCCAUCCCUUGCCCACCCAAGUGGAUGGUUGACAGUCGCUCCUCAUGGAUCUCGGCUUCUACCAGAUUGGACAAGCUUCUUGCUGCUAUGCCUACCUUGUAUCCUGGAGGAUUAACAGCUCCUCCUAAUGCUGCCGCUGCCGCUGCCCAAGCCACUACCACUACCGCUGGCACUGGAAACAAGUCUGCUGCGACCUCGUCAGCCACUGUUGGCAGUGACAAGAUAUCAUCGUACGAGACACCGGGUUCUUCUGUAACUUCAGCGCCUCCUUCUGUUGCUUCUGGAGAUAGCACAUCUGAUUCCAGUACUUCAUCGACUGAGGAUGUGUCAGUCACGAGGACUACCACAACCAUCACCAUAACUCCCACAGUUAUUGACACUGCAUCGGCCUCUGAUACUGCAUCGGCCUCUGAUACUGCUUCAGUCUCUGAUACUACUUCAGCCUCUGAUACUACAUCGGCCUUUGGUGUUGCCUCGGUCUCCGAUACUUCCUCAGUCUCUAACGAUGCUUCGAUCUCUAAUAAUGCUUUGGUCUCCAAGGCUCCUUUGGUCUCCAAUACGGCUUUGGGUUUUGUUAAAGCUUCAGCUUCUAAUACUACAUCAACAGCCAGUACUUCUGCCGACAAGGACACGGAAGAGGAUUCAGACCUAGACCGCCGGGAUAAAAACACCGAUAAAACCGAAGAACAGACCGAUAGAGAUGAAACUCUGGAAACAAGGACUCGACAGGCAAUCAUUAAGCUCCAGGAGGCGUACGAACUACAGGAGCUGUUCGAUAUCGCUGUACUUAAGUGGGGAGAAGCUCAAGAGGAACAUGAUAGGCUGAGAAAGGAUUUACGAAAGGCUGAGGUGGAAGUCGAACGCGGGGUAAAGGCUGCUGUUGAGUUUGCCAAAGAGGUCCAGGAAGACACCAAGGCACUUGAAGACAAAGAAGAAGAAGACGGAGAGACGGAGAGCAAGGAGAAGAAAACGAAGGCCAAAACGAACAAAGUUAACAAACGCGAUGAGGACGAUGGUCACGGAUGCGGAAAGAAAGUUAAAAGACGCGAUAAGAACAAUUGUUGCGGAUGGGGGAAGAAGAACGGGAAACGUCAGGAACAGAUUGAUCCAGAUCUCGAGCAUGAGAAGCAGGAAGACGAGCUCUAUGCUGGUAUCGGGAAGCAACUGGAAUUCGGUGACAAGGAAGACGACGAGUAUAAACCCGUCUACUUGAUCACCGGGAAAUUCAAGGUUUACAAGUGUCUGAAACCCACUGGAUGCAAACUCUACAAUAUCCACAAGGUUGGCGAUGACAAACACAGAGGCAAAUAUCAACACAAGGACAUGAUGAGGUACAAGGACAGGCUGCCUGAAGCCAAGGAGUACUACAAGGAGGACUACGAGAAAAAUGCCAAGGACAGCAUCAAGGAUAUCAAUGAUAGAAUCAGGGAGUUCAAGACACAGCAGCGAACAACAACACCGAUAAUUGAGAGAAAGAGGUCUGAAAAGGAGAAAAGUGUAAAGGAAGAGAAGGAAGACGCAGAGAAAAAUGUGGAGGAGAAGGAAGAUGCAAAGGAACAAGAUGACAAGGGAAGUCCUUUACUCGCUGAUGGAGACGAAGAGAAGCAGUACGAGCGUAUCUCAGCUCUCUACAUGCAAUACCGAGGCAUGCUCGUCAAACCUAUUCAGAAAGAUCUCGAUCCUGUCCUCUAUAACUCCAAGUACCAGGAGGACAAGGAGAUGGCGUCCCAGUACCAGGAGGACAAGGAGAUGGCGUCCCAGUACCAGGAGGGUAACGAGAGGGAGCAGCGAGAGAGACUGGGCAGACUCUACAUGGACUAUCGCCACAUGCUUAUUCCUAAGUGGCAAAAGGAUCUUGAUCCUAUCCUCUGGGCAUAUUAUUAG